AUGAAGCCAACCUCUUCCCUGCCCUUUUCAUGCCUCUUCUGGUUCUGGGAGAGCAUGGCAGAGCCCAGCCUGGCCGGAGGACGCCGCCUUUCCCCUUCCUUCCUCCGCUCCGUCCCUCCCUCCACCGGCCGAAGCGGAUCCGGUUCACGAGCUGGACGUGGGUGGCUCCCGCCGGCCUCUCCGCGCAGCUCGGAUCCGCCUCCGGAGGCGCCCGCCCGCCUGGGCGCUUCGCAUCCCGAGGAGGAGAUGCUCGGCCCGGUGACGCUAGAAGACGUCACGGUCUCCUUCUCCCCGGAAGAAUGGUCAGGGCUGCAGGAGUGGCAGCGGCGGCUCCACCGCGACGUCAUGCGAGAGAACUGCGAACUGCUCACCUCCUUGGGCUGCGACCUCCGAGUCAAGGAUGAAGAAGGGGAGUCCAGGGAGGAAGACGACCGAGGACUCUUCUUGGAGACGGUCCUCCGGCGCUGGAAGCCUGAGGGCGAGACCUCGCACCCGCAGCAAAACGGCGGCAGCAGCGUGGCUGGCGAGUCUGCAGGUGGGGCGGGACUCCUGUCUCAGGGGCUGCCUGGCGCUGAAGGAGGAAGAGAUCCCGGGGGGGAAGAGGCGUCGGCGUGCCCCCUAACCUGCCCGGACUGCGGGAAGCGCUUCAAGAGCAAAACCGCCUGCUUGACGCACCAGCGCAUCCACACCGGCGAGCGCCCCUUUGGCUGCCCCGAGUGCGGGCGGCGCUUCACCCAGCGGCAGCACCUGGGCACCCACCUGCGGGUGCAUGGCGGGGAGCGCCCCUUCUCCUGCGGCGAGUGCGGCGCUGCCUUCCGGAUGCAGAAGCUGCUGCUCACGCACCGUCGUAAGGCGCACUCCGGGGAGCCGCCUCUGGCGUGCGCCGACUGCGGGAAGCCGUUCAGCCACAAGCACCACUUGAUGACGCACCGGCGGGUGCACACGGGCGAGCGCCCCUUCCCGUGCCCCGUGUGCGGGAAGUGCUUCACCCAGAAGCACCACCUGCAGACCCACCAGCGGGGGCACUCGGGGGACCGCCCCUUCCCCUGCCCCGAGUGCGGGAAGGCCUUCAAGGACCGGGCCGGGGUGCUGAUGCACCGCGUCGUCCACACGGGCGCCAAGCCGUUUGCGUGCCAGCGCUGCGCCAAGAUCUUCAGCCACAAGCACCACCUGGUGAUCCACCAGCGCGUCCACACGGGCGAGAAGCCCUUCUCGUGCCAGGUGUGCCGCAAACGCUUCACCCAGAAGCACCACCUGCUCAGCCACGAGCGCAUCCACACCGGCGAGCGCCCCUACGGCUGCCCCGAGUGCCCGCGCAGCUUCAAGGACCGCAUCACCCUCAAGCUGCACGUGCGGCUCCACACGGGCGAGAAGCCCUUCUCCUGCGGGCGAUGCGGAGAGAGCUUCCGCCUGCGCAAGGCCCUGCUCUCCCACCAGAGGGCGCACGACGCACCCGCCCAGCUCAUCUGCACCGAUUGCGGGGAGAGCUUCCUGCGCAUGCGCACCCUGGCUGCCCACAGGAGGAGGGCGCACCCAGCAGCUGUGGCCUACGGGCCUGGCGCACAGCCCGGACCAACCGGCCACUCAUACUGCCCGGCUGAGUCGCAGGCUGACGGGGAGAGAGCAGCAGACGCCCCACUCGGACCCUGA